AAUUUUUCAUUUUUUUUUUGGUGUUUCGGUGGUUUGGCUCCUGAGAGAGUCUCUCUCUCUCUCUGUCUCCGAUCAGAGAAAUCUCAGGAUCUCCCAAAAAAAAAAAAAAAACCUCAAAACUAACUCUCCGAUUCAACCAAAACCUCGUCCGAUUUCCUUACCUUAGUUUCUCCGAAACCCUCAAUUCAUCCUUUCGGUCUCCGAUUCAGUGUCGUCCACUGCGGAAAUGGCAUAUCUCGGAUUCUAGGGUUUCCCAUACCAUCCUCGUUAGUUAACGAAUUCACUAUUUACCGUAUCCUCAACAACCUUAUCACAAUCGCAAACAUGGCAUUACGUUAUACCUUUGGUGUCUCUGGCUAUGUCGCCCAAAACCUCGCCACAUCAGCGGGCCUUCGUGUCGGGAAUUGCAAGACCGUCGGGGAUUGUUGGAUCCGAACCCGGAUCUUCGGGCCAAACCAGAAGACCGAGUUCGACCCGGCCAGCACGGUCCGCAACUACCGCUCCGAUCUCCGAAGGCCCUCUCUGUUCGAGAGUAUCGCCGGUGAAAUUAUCGGCGAGAACUCGAAGAGUCCUAUCGUUCUCGGCUUGAUCUCGGUGAUGAGAUCGACGGCUUGUGCUUCUGGCACGUCAGCUACGGCUCUGGGUGUUUUCGGAGUUUCGCCUUUUAAGUCUUCUUCGAUUUUGUCUUCGGUUUCGAAGUGGGUGCAACCACCUUGUAACGACGAGCCUGAAACGUCAUCGGAGUCAUCGACAACAAUAACGACGACGACGACGACGAUGAAGAUGGCGGCUGCGGCGGAGUCGAAGUUUGAUCAGAAGAGUGGUUGGUUGUCGAAGAUUUUGAAUUUAUGUUCGGAGGAUGCAAAGGCUGUGUUCACUGCUGUGACUGUGAGCAUAUUGUUCAAGUCAUUCUUGGCGGAGCCGAGGUCAAUUCCUUCGUCUUCUAUGGCCCCUACUCUUGAUGUUGGUGACCGUAUUUUAGCUGAGAAGGUUUCAUACUUUUUCAGGAAGCCUGAAGUUUCAGAUAUAGUAAUUUUUAAGGCACCUCCAAUUUUACAGGAUUUUGGUUAUUGUUCAGGAGAUGAUGUAUUUAUAAAAAGAAUUGUUGCAAAGGCUGGAGACUAUGUUGAAGUUCGUGAUGGGAAAUUAUAUGUGAAUGGUGAUGUUCAAGAUGAAAAAUUUGUUGCGGAGCCACUUGCUUAUGAAAUGAAACCAGUGCUUGUGCCUGAAGGUUAUGUCUUUGUGAUGGGAGACAAUCGCAACAACAGUUUUGACUCUCAUAACUGGGGUCCGCUUCCUAUCAAGAACAUUGUAGGUAGAUCGGUGUUUCGUUACUGGCCUCCAUCCAAAGUAUCAGACACCAUAUAUGAACCUCAUUUGGGGGGGAAUGCUGUAGCAAUUUCUUUUGUGAAUUUUGAACCUUUUUCCCAUCAUGUGCCUGCUUAUGUUGGAUUGGUUCUUGGUGGGGUAUCUGUCUUGUCCAUCGGACUGAAGAGCGGUCAACUGUUGCCGCUGAUGGAUUAUUUUCUUACUUGGGAAGUUGAUGCACUUUUACUUGGCACUGGAGGACUCAAAUAUCUGAAGCAAGAUGAAAGCAAAAACAGAUUCGGAAAGAACCCUCCAAUCUUAAAUCAGUUAUUCUUUUUACCUCAGAUGAAGAAGAACAGUCAUCGUGGUCUUGUUGUUCCUUUGUCCUUCCCAAUCUUAAUUAUACUCUCAUUUAUUACACCUUCCUUAAACGCCUCGAACUCCAACCUCACCACCCUUUUCUUACAGGAUGUCCUCAAGGCAAUCUCGUUGAAGCAGAAGUGGGAUUUGGAGGACGUUAAGGUUUCCAAGUUGGAUCUGCGUAAGGUUCGGUUUGGGAGUGCUUCUCGGGUCGAGUUUCGGAUCGGGUUCGGUAAGAGUAAAUGGGUCAUCAAAUGGUCUGAGGAUGAAGAACAAGAAGUGGGGUCUUGGAAAAAGUUCAAAAAUGAAAAGAGCGAUUUUGGGUCCUUAGUUACUGAAAUUGGUUCUUUGAUGGGUGUGCUUAACACGUUUAAAAUGGAGGGUCCGUUUGAGUUACUGGUCGGUGGUGAUCACCAGCUUUCUCUAUUGUUGCCGAUGAACAUUUCACAUAAUGGUUUGAAACGAAUUCUUGUUGGUGAAGGCAUCACAAUGGAAGUGAGAAGAGCGCAAGAAGUCUCUCUAAUUCACUCAUCUGGUCUUGGUAUACCGGUGAAUAGAAGUGUUGCAAUUAACAAGGAGAAAACUGAGUUUUGGCCCUUUUGGCAAUCUAUGUGCAUCCCAUUGCUUCCUAUACAAGUUUUAGGGGCUGCAUCAGUAGUUGCUUAUAGGACUCGAAAUCCUGAUGCUUACAUUGAAACUACAUUCAUUUCCAAGGACACAAUUGAGUUGCUGCCGGAGAAGUGUUACAAUAGUCAUAUUUACAAGGAACGGGCUUGCCCGAUUGAUUUCUUGAGUUCAAGGAUUGCUUUGCUGGAAAGAGUUUUGAAGAGCUUUCUUGGUGACAGAAUUCGUCAAAAUCAUUCGGGAUUCCUCAAAACAAAGAUUAAAGCAUCUGCUAUCAUUCGUUUCCCAAUAGAACUGGAAAGAGAUAUCAGAAGUAAUGACAUACUCCAUGGUAAGCUGGCAGAGUGGAAAACAAGGCCAAAUGUUGAAAGAAUGUGGUUUGAGGUAAUGGCAAGAGUUGAAGCAGAGACUUUGUGGCCUCUUCUGGUUAAGAAGGUGAACCCUUUCAUUGGAGUAGAUUCAGUUUCAUGGAGUAAUUUAAUGUCUAAUGUAUCUUUUACGAAUUUACGAUCUGUCCUUGUCCCUUCUGAGGCUCUAACGCUGGAUGUGAAGUGGUAGCAUGAAAUUAUUGUAUUAUACUUUGUUUUGUGAAUGUUCACAGGUCAAGGCAGUGUGCUGUCAUUUUGCCUUUUCUCUUGUUUGAUGGGGGGUUGUAUUAUCAGAUACAUGUAUAAAAAGCACUCAUUGGAUUUGUACAUAAGUUAAAAAAAUUUGAAAGGAAAAUGAGAGAUAAAUCAUGAUGUGCAUUCGUU